ACACACACCCAUGUGUGCAUGUGUGUGUGUGUUUUAAGGUAGUGUCUUCUAUGAAACCUGGCUAGCCUGGAGCUCUCUAGAGAGAGCAGGCUGUCCUUGAACCUAAUCAUCCUCCUCCCUCUUGCUCUCUCUCUCCCUCUUUUUUUUUUUUAAUGAGAACUGGGAUACCUAGGUCUAAAGUUUUAAUAUCAUGAAGUUUCUGGGGCAAGAAAAGCAUAGUUAGACAGUUUUACAAAGUCUGUCCUUGUAGACAUUCACAAUUAAUACAUAUCUUCAUAAAAGCAAAAAUGUUCUUUUUAAUGCCUGUCACAAGAGACUUAAUAGAGAGGCACAGUCUACUUAAUGCCUUUCUUAAUGCUUUGCAGCCGACGCCACCAGAAGUGCCUUGCUGGGGGGGUACGUGCUGAUCAGGUUUUUGGUUGUCCAGCCGUCACCAGUUUGGUGAGGUAGGCUUGUCUUUGAACCAUGUGGGUAUGUUCCUGUAACACUUCAGGCUUACACGGAAAACCACUAUCCAGGACAGCGUUGAUGCUAGAAGGCUUGGAGGGUCCUGCAUGACCUCACCACGCUCGUGUUGUAGGGAUUGGUGCAGAAGGAGAGCCACAAGCCUGCUGCACCUUCCUGUAGGGGGCUGGCUCUCUCCGGAUGUGAACUUUGUGCGCCAGGUCUGCCAUCCGUGAGAAAAUGGCUUGCUAAAAAGAGCUUCCUCCAGUGCCGGGAGGGAGUUGUAGCCCCCAAGUUUUCUACCGCAGUCUAGUGCUCAGCCUGGCCCCGGACACAGUGUGUCUGCUCAGCCCAGCCUUUGAUACAGUGAACUACGGUUAAGUAACACAAAAAGCUACUUCUGUGGCUUGAUUAAAACAACCUGCUCGCUGCUGCCUGCUUGUCAGCUUGUGACUCUGUGAGUCCUGCUCCUCACUUCCAUCCAUCACUGCGGAGCACACAGAAGAUGGAAUAUAUGUAGUGCCCUGUGCUUGCUUAGGCCUUAGCAAAUACCAAUUCAUCACUAACUUGGCCCUACAAGGGACCAUUCAUUGGCAUGUUAGAACAUUACAAUUUACCCAGUGUUCCCUGCUAUGGAAGGAAUCACAUGACCGGAUCUCAAAACAAAAAGAAUUCUACAAUAUGUUCUUGGAGUUAUUAAUAAAAAUAACUGCUGGUUGACAGGAAAGGCAUAUGGUAGAUUUAAGAUGCAUGGCCACAGUCACAGUAUUUCAUUUUUAAAAGAUUCCUGCUUCAGAGCAUGAGGAGAAAGACAAGCUUCAGAAAAACCUCCAACCUGAGAACCAUUUGAUGAGGUAUUUCCGCCCUCACCUGCUUCCUGUUUCAUUGCUUACCACUGAGCCCUGGUAAUACAAGGGUGACUAAAUGUAAUCAGAGCGAUUGGCUGCUUGAGAUCUUCUUUAAUGCACUGCUUCGGACACAGUCCAUAUGCUGUGCAAAUAAAUACAAAAUUAGCGUUCCUGUUGGAAGCCUUCAGUGAGAAUGAGUGAUCUGUCUUGCUUAUGAAAGGUUCAUACGUUUCCGCUCAGAGCUGUUUAUCAGUCAGCUUCUUCCUGCUUAUGGAUUCAGAAAUGGAAUACAUCAUUUGUCAGUGCCCAAGCACAUGUGCUAAAGACGACCAGAUUGAUCCGAGAGGAUGAGCGAAGCAGCCGAGCAGUGCUAGGAGCGUGGCCCCCACAAAUUGUAUUAUCUUCCGAGGCUGUCGACCACUAGCUUUUUUCUCUACUGCAGAAAAGGGGAAGCUGCUUUUUCUACCUUUCACUUCUGUAUUAGAAAAAAAAAAAAGUGACCACUCUUGGUCCAGCUAAAUGGAAAUGGAAAACAGCCCAGUCUCUCUGGGUAGUGAAAUCUACUAAAACCACAUUUUUUUUUUCUUUCCUCUCCAAAGGUCCACACACACUCUCUCUUCUGAUUGCAAGUUUAUUUGAUGUUGGAUUUCAAUUAGAAACAAAACACUAAUGUCAGGAUUUCAGGAGUGCCAUUUUCUCUGUUGUCAAACUGCUCCAGACAGAAUUUUCUCUUGGUUCAUGGAAAUAAUUCCCACCAGGGCAUUAGAAGGCGAGAGACAGUGUUUCGCAGGGGAAACUAAUGGCUUUCUGAGUUUGACUUGCUUUCAGUCUGUGCAAAAGGCCUGUUGAAGCCGAGUUGAUUGCAGAGCUAUCAAAGCCCUCCUUUUCAGCAAAACUCCUUUGCACUUGUGUCCCGUUGAAAAUUACUGUCUGAUGCCAGGAGAUUGAGGAGCUAAACUCACGCUACCGAGGACCUUCCGCGUGCCUUUCCCACCACAGAUUUCUGACCCUGGCCUGCAGUAAUUAACCAUCUAGGUGCCACACCGUUUCCCGAGGGCACCAGGAGAAAGAAACAGAUUGCCUUAGGGAAUGGAUGGAAGCCAGUGCGGAAACAGGUCUGGGUGUCUGCCCCACCCUCCAUGUUCCCAUAGCCCCCGUCGUCUUGCUUCUGCAGUCCUCCCAUGACUGUUUUCCUCGAGGUGAUUCCUUUUUAAUCAAACUGGUAGGAAAGACAAUCUCAUGCUCAGUAUACCUAAUAUGUAUGUCGUCAGAAGUACCAUGCCUGUUCUUUGGAAAUGUGUGCUCCAGCUCUGGUCAGAGCUGGUAGUCCUGAACCAGCACAGGGCUCUGUGCUCAGUCCUUGAUUGUGCCUUACGGUGAAGGCUCAGUGUGUGGCUUUAAUUUCCUCAGUCAGCGGAGUAGGCGCAGGCGCGUUUCAGACCACACGUUUGACUGUCAGUCACCUAUUAGACACAGUCAGUUCUGUUUCUCAUCGGUGGCUUUUAAACAAGUCACAUGACUCCAGGGACAGUACAGUGUUAUGGAGAUGUGACCAGUGGUGACUACACGAAUUGAGUAGAUGUUUUAUGAAAUGAACAGUGGGAGACAAGUUCAUCUUCUGUGCCUUUUGACGUGUCGGAGAAUGUUCUUCUGUUUGUGUUUAGACUGAGCUUAUGUGGCCAUUCAAAUGCCUCAUGCUACAAGUUUAGGGUAACAUUUAAAUAAGACAGGGCCUUGACAUAGGAGAUCUAAUAGCAUAGACCUGUAAUCCCAGCCCUCCAGAGGCUGAAGCAGGAAGAUCUCAAGGUCAAGGCCUGCUGGGACUACAGAGUGAAUCGAAAGCAAGUUGGGGGGAACUUUGUAAGACUCUGUUGCAAAAUUAAAAAAGAAAGAAAGAUAUAUAUCAGUAAAAGAAUACUUGUACUGGUAGCAUGUGCCAGUCUCUAGGUUCAAUCCUGAGUAUGAGAGACAAAAGAAAAAAAAUUAAGUUGUUACAUGUGCUGCCCUCAAGGACUCAGGGUGGCCUGUAAAUAAACAAUUACAUGUGACAUGGCAAGGGCUGCAGCUGGGCGAGUUCAAGAUCGUUUUGGACAAGGAGCUUUUCUAGACCAGCCUGCUCUGCUUCUGUCUCCUCGUAUUGCUCACUGAAUGAAGAUAAUUUUUAGGGCUCACAAAGCUUCGAUGUUGGCUUUUUUUAAGUAGUGGUAUUGAGUAAUAUGAAUAUUUUUUAAAUUCCUGGACAGAGCAGCUCUUCACUAGUCUUGCUUCUCAUCCACGAGUAACACUGGGUUUGGUACCACGAGGUCACCAGUCCUGAGUCCUUGUUCUGCCUGGUUAUCGGGGACACCAUGUACGCAAGGUGAAGGCACUGGGUGUUUUGAGCAUGCCCCUACAAGAGAUUGAAAGUUCCCUGGGGCCGAGCCCCAGCCUUUAUGCAGAGUGCCCUAAGUAACAAAUGCCACACCUCACAUAUUGGAGGCUGUCUGUCUCAGAACUGAUUGAGUGCCAGCAAGUGCUCUCUGGGAGGGAGAUCCUUAUUGCCCAUUUUCUCUGCUUCCUAAAUGAUCUUAAUUGCUUUGGUAAGAGGCAUCUAUUCAAAACCUCCCUCCCACCAUGGGUUAUUCUCUCAGUAACAAGGUUUAGAUUACCCCAAUAUCAGGACCCCGACUGAUAUAAUGGGCUUCUCUCCAAGGGUCACCUGACAAACCUCUUUCUUGUAUACCUUUACUGCCCAGAAGCCUCUUGGAUGAGUCUCCAGCUCACAGCCUUGGAUUUGAGGAAAAGGAUGGGGCUGCAGCUCUGAAUUCUUGGAUCUUCCAUUUCAGAAUUUUCAGAAUCUGUAAGAUGUGUGGGAUGCUCAUAUUAGGUAUUCUUAGUCCCAUUUUAAAACAUUAAAUAUUAAAAUAGAUACAGGAUAGUGUCACCAAGAUUGAUAUUUAGGAUAUCACAGGUAGAAUUAUAAUUUACAUUUUGGCUUAAUGGAGUCUGAAGGGGGGGCGGUUAUAGUUUGGCACAUUCCUCUCUUUGUUACUCUUUAUGCUACUCUUGGGUUUCCUUUCCAGCUGAUGAUUUCAGAAAAUUGUAUGUUCUCCAUUUAAAGUUUAUUUAAUCAGAGUACAUUUAUGACAAAAUUAAGUAAAUAGAAAUACAGCCAAAUUAAAAAGAACAGAGAAAAUAAAGCAUUUAAACUGCUUGCCCUUUCCAGAGUGUUCUUUCGAUGAUUUUCCCCCCGUGAGUGAAGAAAAUAACUUCCCCUUCAUUUCCAUCAUGCCAUGAGAAAAAGGUAGGGGUAGAGCAGCAUUGUCAUUUUUGAAAAAAGAAAUGAUUGACAGUGUCACUUAAAUUCAAAUGUCUCCUUAAAAUAAAUAUAAAAAGGCCUUUGAAGGAGUUGCUUUGAAAAAUCUUUUUUUUUUUUUUAAGCCUAGAGUCCUCAACUUCUCUUCCUUUCUACUUUCUUCUUUGAUUCCUGGCAGAGUUUGGCCCCCACCAGAGGGGAGGCUGUCUGGGAAUGUACAUCCUGUGCGUUAGAUCAGCGUUAGAUCAGGCCUCCGCACCUGAGGCCCAGGUUGUUUCCACACUGGGCCCUUCCCCUCCUGGGCAGUGGGCUGUGCAGCUGAGAUGUGCGUCCUAAGUGGGGAACAGGGCUGCUCUUUUCAGUUUAGCUUGUGGCUGUCCACAUUCCUCCAGCUGUCUUAGCCCUGGGCAAGCAUGCCUGUGUGCUGGUGGCUGGGGGAGACCGGCCUUUUGACCUCCUCUGUGUUGAUUAAAAGUGCUUCUCACAAUCUCACUGAUACUACAGCCAAGAUUAGAUGCACUUUCCUAGCCAGGCGUUGUGAAAGUGGCCAGGGUUUCUUGGUACCUGGUGUUCUAAAAUUCCAGGAGAACUGCGUCAGGAUGGCUGAUAAGCAGGUGAAGAGUUUCUCCACCCCCAGGACACACAUGAGUCGCACUGGCCUGUGAGAAGGCCUGGCCCUUUCCCCUGCUCUCCCUGUUCCUGCUGUCCAGAUGCUGCACUGUGGAUCUCGCAAGCCCAGCGCGGACUUCAGGCGCACUGUCUGCAGAAGCCACAGUCCCUCCUUGCUGUGCCUGGACUUCUGAGAUUCCAAAGGGGUGACUACCACAUCGAUGUCUGUAUCAAUGACUACCUGGACGUUUUCUGCCCCCACUAUGAGGACUCUGUCCCGGAAGAUAAGACGGAGCGGUAUAUUCUCUACAUGGUCAACUUUGACGGCUACAGCGCCUGCGACCACACUUCCAAGGGCUUCAAGAGAUGGGAGUGUAACCGGCCUCACUCUCCAAACGGACCACUGAAGUUCUCCGAAAAAUUCCAGCUCUUCACUCCCUUCUCCCUAGGAUUUGAAUUCAGGCCAGGCCGAGAGUACUUCUACAUCUCCUCUGCAAUCCCAGACAACGGAAGAAGGUCCUGCCUAAAGCUCAAAGUCUUCGUGAGACCUACAAAUAGCUGUAUGAAAACUAUAGGUGUUCAUGAUCGUGUUUUCGAUGUUAACGACAAAGUAGAAAAUUCAUUAGAACCAGCAGAUGACACCGUCCAUGAGUCAGCCGAGCCAUCCCGCGGCGAGAACGCGGCACAAACACCAAGGAUACCCAGCCGCCUUUUGGCAAUCCUACUGUUCCUCCUGGCGAUGCUUUUGACAUUAUAGCACAUUCUCCUCCCGUCGCCUGUCACUGAGAACAUCAGGGUCUUGGAACACCAGAGAUCCACCUAACUGCUCAUCCCAAGAAGGGACUUGUUAUUGGUUUUUGGCAGAUGUCAGAUUUUUUGUUUUGUUUUGUUUUCUUUCCUUCAGCCUGAUUUCUAAGCAACAACCUGGGGUUGCUGGGGGAGGGGGUAAGCUGAUUGCUGCCUCCUUCACCCCACCCCAAGCCCUUGUCCUUGACCUCUCUCACCCCCUUAGAAAUUAAAUGGACUCCAGAUGAAAACGCCAAAUUGUUGUAGUAACACCAGUGGCUCUUCGCCUCCUGUGCAUUCCCCUCUAGAGCUCACCUCUGUAAGCUCAGGGUGUCGGCAGUAUGCAGACAAGGAAGAGUAGGAAAUGCUGCCCGCAAUGACCAGGCCUGAGAGGGUGUCCCUCUCCUGUAGAAUACUUAGGCCUUCUCAUUCAGGACGGUGAGGUGCUGGUGUGGAGCAUGGUGCUGGCAUGUCAGGCCCAGAGUUCAGCGUGGACAUGGUAUUGUACCAUAGCCUCUACCAGGGCAGAAGUGAGCAGGCUUCUCAAAGGCUCAGUUUUUGAUUCAUCAGAUAUGACUGUCUUAGAGCAUUCUUGCCAGCAAAACUUGGGCUGUGUCAAAGAAGCCUCUUCUCCCAGAAAGGAGGGUUGGAGGCAGGAUGCUAAAUCAUAGGAAGUACGAAUAUUGAGAAAACAAUCUGUUGCUGGGGGUGUGAACGCCUCUGACUUUUUAGUGACUGGGCAGUGCACACCUGAUUUUUUUUUUCCUUUGAAUACGGAUCACCAUGGUGCUACAACCUUUUGUUUUUCUUUUAGGAGCUCAAAGAGGCAUUUUUAUGAAUAAAGUGACCUUCCCCAAGGCUAAGAAGCCUGGGUUGAUGAGUAGAGAGUGGAAUAGCUUUGGCUGCUCCUCUGGGGACGAUAUGUACAAGGAAAGAAAGUCUUUGGCCAGAGGAGAUGCAAUUUGGCUUUGCUGGAGCUCCAGUGUGCUGUGGCCUUUCCCCAACUCCCACCGCAAUGCCCACGUUUUGCUCCAUUCUCCGUGAGCACAGGGGGCUCAGACACAGGCCCCUGUCAACAGGAGAGUCAGUCAGCAUGACUUGGGAGGGCUAAAGGGAAAUUUGGAAUAAAAAAUUCCAAAAGUUUGGAAUAAAAACUUCAAGUGUUGAUUUCAUAUUCUUUCCCUUUCUGACACAGCCUAAAGCGUAGGGGGAACAUGUGUUUAUGUGUGGGAGAUAAACAAGAUGGAGUCCCAAAGACUUUGACAAAAUAUUUUUUUAAAAAAAAUCCACUAGAAUAGAAAAUACAUUAUUUAGAUAUACUUUAUGCUGAGAGUGAGUAUAUAUGCUUGUCCUAUUUAAACUUGUGAGAAAAAGUGGUACCCCUUGAUACAUUUAGAAACAUGGGGGGUUUAUCUUGUUUCAUAGUAGGGUUGGGGCAGGAGAAUGAACACAGGAUGACCCUGUUUAAAGAACCUUAGCAUGGUCAAGGGGUGGUUCCAGCUGAUUACCAGGAAACACAAGCUGUGGGGCUUCUCCUGGUGGGGUGUCAGGAACUCUAAAUCCCAAAGCCUAGACAGGGAAAAAUAUCAGACCAAUGGAAAGGUGAUCUAGCCUAUCUCUGCUAUUGCACGACAUCAAAUAGAAACCAUGCCUUUGUAAACAAGCAAGUCAGUAAAAGCAAUGAUCAUGUAAUGUGGAAAAUUGAAAGCAUUCCAGUAAAAAAAAAAAAAAAAAAAAAAAAGGAUGUUUUUUUUAUAUAUUCGUUUUUAAGAUGUAUAUGUAAAAAAAAAAAGAGGAGUUCACAUUAUAGAUGGACCUCAUGAAUCAGAAAUUGCUUAGAAGUGUGAGUAGUUUCAAAUUAGGAAAACGUGAGUGAAAGGCAGCUGUGAACGUGCUGCGUCCUAGAGAGCUGUGCGCACGCUGCAGCGUAAGCUGGGCUUACUUACCUGGUCCCUUUGGAGUGGAGACUGCUGGAGUCUGCUCUCGCCUCACCCAUGUGACUGGAGUUGCCAGCCUCAAAGAUCCACUUAGUCCUCUUCCCCCGUCCUCCGAGACUUCUCCGGAGUAGCAGUCUCCUCACAGAAGGCACCCACCAUUUCACUGACAGAACUUCAAAGCAUUGGAUUCCUUUGCCUUUAUUUAUACGCUCGGCACUCUCAGUAAUAUCCAGAUGUAUUCUUUUUAUUAAUAGUUACAGGUUUGUGGGUUAGUGGGAUUUCAGUAAGGGGACUAAAACCCCUUCUAAGAUGGAUGAAUAGAACCAAAAUAAUACUGCAUGUACUACAAUCAAGGAAAACAAGUGAUCCUAUAAUAAUUCCAGUUAGUCCUGACGGCAUUAGCGGUUCUAAUGUCAUUUUAGAAAUGGUGAAUUCUGUGGUUCUUCUAGCAUUGUCUCUAACAAAUGAUGAAAUAAUUACUCAUGGCCCUCUCUGCCAUUGUCUUUCAUUUUCCACUGUGCAAUUAGACUCUUUUACUUCAUGUCAUGCCACCAAUGAUUAAGUUAAAAAAAAAACAAAAAAAAACAAAAACUACCCACACCAGUAGACUAUAUGCUUUUCUACCUGUGACAUAAUCGUAGCUAAUACACUUGUGUGGAGUUUUCAAGACGAUUGGUGUCAGACAGUUUUUAUCUUGUCCAAAAAGCGCUGGUGGCUUUCUGUGCUGUUGUUACAAUCCUCGGUGGGCUUAGGAUGUCCAUACAGCUUGGUAGCGGGUUUAAUUUUUAAAACAAAUCAAAAGCAUAAGGGCACCCCGGAGUCCCUCAGCCCCAGUUGGUCAAACCCCAGCGACCUUUGCCCUGGUUGCCAAAGGCUUUGCAAAAUGAAGCAGGGAAUAAAGAUCUGUCUGUUUAGUGGAUACUGUGUAUCCUUUAAUAGACCAGGUAACAGUUGGUGUUAGUUUUAGACUAUUGUUUUGUACUGUACUUUCUUGGGUGGCAGAGGAAAGAAAAGUCAAAAUGUUAAAAAAAAAAAAAAACUGCGUUCUUUAAUUCUGUAUUAUUAGCGACCUCUGUUGUAUAUAGUGUUUGAUAAUAAAGUAUUAAUUUGAUUCUUAUGUCUUUUGUAAGUGACAACAAUAGACUUUCAGGAUACAAAACAUGCAUUGAGGCUUUGAAACAUCCGAUGUAUACAUGGCUGAGAAGUGACUCUGUGGUCAUUGCGCACUUAAUCUUACAGCUCCAUCGUCUUGGGACCAGAAACAGCAGGACUGCUUUGAUUGAUAUUUUGUCCUCAGUGUUUUCAAGGUCUGAUGUAGGAGCUCUGUGGUCAUUCCCCCCACCCAAAGCAUGUGGUUUGAGAGGUUUAGGUAACUUAGAAAUGGUUCUGUACUUUGGAUUUCUGUUUGUCAUUUUCCCCCAGGAGGUCUUGUCGGUAUCAAGUGCGGCUCAGACUCAGGAUGGUUGCAGAGCGGUCCCUUUAGGAAGGCUCAGUGGGGCUGUUUCCCUCUCUGUGUCUUUGUGAAAGGAAGAGUCACAGCACCUGUGGGCUUUCAGGGACUCUGUUUUUCUCCUGUGCCUUAGCAACGGCUGCAGCCAUUUUUAUUAGUUUCACAAAAUUAGAAAAACAGUUUUAAACUCCUCCUUUCCAUUCAUUGCUCUCAGAGUUGUGCUCGCCAGACUUUCUUUUGAAAACCACCUCCACCAACAGCCCGUUUGCCUGCCUGACCCCUCUGCCCCCCGCUCUGUCUGUCUCUCUCCUACCUCCCGCAUUCUAUUUUCCCUCAGAGCCGUGACUGGGCAGGUCUGUCUCUGUUUUGGCAUCACUGAGUUUUUCCCAUGCAUUUGUCCCAGAGCCGCCCGGAUGUGAGACAAAUCUCCCUACAAUGGGCUCGCUCCCAUUGUUUGUACAGUUUAAUAGAUGCUGCCAUGUUGGAGGUUACCCAUGAGUCAAAAUCCGUUUUCCAUGCUUACUCCUGACACCCCAUUGAAGCCACUCAUUGUGUGUGCGUCUGGGUGUGAAGUCCAGCUCCGUGUGGCCCUGUGCUUGUGCUCCCUGCCUUGCAGUCCUUUGCACUUGCUUAUCGAGUGCUGUUUUGAAAUGCUGACAUUAUAUAAACGUCAAAGAAAAUGUAAAAAAAAAACCUGAAACACACACACGCAAAUCCAUACGAUCUGUAUUUGUAUAUACACGUGUCCGUACAAGUAUACCUAAAUAAAAAUUAAUGAUUUUCAUCAUUUUAA